AUGAAUCCUCGUACCGUUGUUCAGUGUGAGAAAUGUUUCCGUGACGUAUGCGCAGAACACUUGAGAAGGAACCCACCAAUCAUCGGAGGAUUCUUAUGUGAAGUGGAAAUCGAGAAACCCUGGUUACUGGCAUCGAGAGGGGAUGCGGUUGAGCUUCCCUCACCCUUGUUCGGAGGAGGGAUGCCCCCACUCUCCUGCGUCUCAUCACGAACUGGCGAGCUUACUCUUACAUUUUUAACCCUGCCUCUCGGAUACAGACACCUCCAGGUCAACCAUCAAUUGAACUUCGUCGACCUCAGAACUGGAGCACAUACUCAGCAUGUUGAGUCACUCUGGCAAAACUACAAGGAAGUGUGA